AUGGUCCUCUGGCGAGUUCCUCGCAUACACUCCGCCGGCGGAGCUGGUGUUCGCCGGCGAAAACAGGGAAGUGGAUCUGGACGCGCCGCCCGCGAACUCCCUCUCCCUCCCGCACGUGGCGCUCUCGCUCGCCCCAACGCACGUGCAGACCCCCGCACGUGCCCCGCUGCACGAACCCACCCCGCACGUGCCAGUCCCCAGCUGGCUCUCCACGUUUUUACACGGGACGCUAUUCGUGUUAUUAUUACUAUUACAGCUGGCGUUGUUGUUGCUGGGGACCAUGGCGUCGGCGGCCACCGUGGCGCGUCGGGGCUCGAAAAGGGGGACGGGGACGCCGGCAGCGGCGGCGGCGUACUUGGUGGCCUGGUUGACUAUGGACUCCAGGGUCCCUCCGGCGUGCGGCCUGUCCCAGGCGGCGUACUUCGCCGGCGCGGCGGCGGCGGAGGGUGGCUUCGCGGCGGCCGGACGGGCAGACACCAGGCCAUUCAUGCCCAGCUGACCGUUUUUCCAGUUCCGGUAGAGUUUCGAGCACCAUAUCCCGAGUUAUUGUCCCGAGAUUUCCAGCAUCGAUGUGCCCCCGCGACCCGCAGAAAUAGCAAAGAGUUGGACCCCAAGACAUUCCCAGGACCCGCGACUUCUGGUUUCUGCGACCCGUGGAGCUCACCACGCCUCACGAGAAUAACUGAGGCUGAGGAUGGCCAGGGCCACGACUAG